CGAUCGCGUUUAGUGCGUUGCGGUUGGUCUACGAGGCAACAGCUCACCAGACUCGGCAGCUCCAUCCACAACUCUCGGUUUCGGUUUCGGUUUCGGAUUUGGUUUCGAGUUUGAGUUUGAGUUUGGGAUCCGGUGGAGCUAACAUAAACCUACGGACGGUUUCGGGUUGCGUGACAAAAGACCUGGCGAAUCUCCGCCGUUUCGAGUGCUCGUGAGUGGGAAAUUGGCCAAAAGAAAACAAUAGAAAUCCACACACAACCAAAGGCAUAAAAAGCUGUUUUUAAUUGUGAACAAACGACGGGUUGAACAUCUUUCGGAAAACAGCAAGACCGCAAGUAAAUUAAAACUAAAACUAAAUCGGCAACAAGUUGAUUGAAACUUCAUCUGAAAAGCAAACCAAACCAACUGGCGUGGCAGGCCGAAAAAAAGCAAAAAACCGAUUUGGCGAAAUAAUAAAAGCAAACAUUCGAGACUCUCCUCCUCCGAGCUGAAGAUGUCGGGCUUACGCAAAACCUCCAUUGCGCUGAUGAGGCGCUCCACUUCCAGCACCACCACUCUGCCGCAUUCCGGGGGCGGUGGUGUGGCGGUGUCGCCACCCAGCAGCGGAGUGGGCGUGGCGACGGAAAUUGAAAAAUCAAUUGCAAUGCAGCGCCUGCGAACCGGAGAGUCGGAAUAUCUGAAGAAAUUAAAUGUCAGCCAACAAGCCGUGACAGCAGCGGCGGAGAAAAGCACUAGAACAGCCGCAUUACCGGCGGUGGAAGCCACGACUUCUGCUUCGCCGGCUGCAGUGCGUCCUUAUUCGGAAGUGCCGGGUCCAUAUCCCUUGCCGCUGAUUGGCAACUCCUGGCGCUUUGCCCCGCUAAUUGGAACGUAUAAAAUAAGCGACCUGGACAAGGUCAUGAAUGAACUGCACGUGAACUAUGGAAAGAUGGCCAAGGUGGGUGGUCUCAUUGGCCAUCCGGACCUGCUGUUCGUCUUCGACGGCGACGAGAUUCGUAACAUAUUCAAGAAGGAGGAGGCCAUGCCACACCGGCCGUCGAUGCCCUCACUGCGCCACUACAAGGGCGACCUGCGACGCGAUUUCUUUGGCGAUGUGGCCGGCCUAAUUGGCGUACACGGACCCAAGUGGGAGGCCUUCAGACAGGAGGUGCAGCACAUCCUGCUGCAGCCGCAGACGGCCAAGAAGUACAUUCCGCCGCUAAACGACAUUGCCAGCGAGUUUAUGGGCCGGAUUGAGCUGAUGCGCGACGAAAAGGACGAGCUGCCAGCCAAUUUCCUGCACGAGCUCUACAAUUGGGCCUUGGAAUCUGUUGGCCGCGUUUCCUUGGACACAAGAUUGGGUUGCUUGUCGCCCGAGGGAAGUGAAGAAGCUCAGCAGAUUAUCGAGGCCAUAAACACAUUUUUCUGGGCCGUUCCCGAAUUGGAGCUGCGAAUGCCCCUGUGGCGUGUUUAUCCCACAAAAGCAUAUAGAAGCUUCGUCAAGGCUUUGGAUCAGUUCACAGCAAUUUGCAUGAAGAAUAUCAGCAAGACCAUGGACAAGGCCGAUGCCGACGAGGCUAAAGGUUUGCCCAAAUCGGAGGCGGAUAUAUCUAUUGUGGAGAGAAUAGUGCGAAAGACGGGCAAUCGCAAGCUGGCUGCCAUUUUGGCGCUGGAUUUGUUUUUGGUGGGAGUGGAUACGACCUCUGUAGCAGCCUCUUCCACAAUUUAUCAACUAGCCAAAAACCCAGACAAACAGCAGCGACUCUUCGAUGAGUUGCAAAAGGUGUUUCCCCAUCGCGAGGCGGAGAUCAACCAAAAUGUCCUGGAGCAGAUGCCCUAUCUUCGAGCUUGUGUAAAGGAAACUCUGCGCAUGCGACCCGUGGUGAUUGCCAAUGGGCGAAGUCUUCAGUCGGACGCUGUCAUCAAUGGCUACCAUGUUCCCAAGGGCACACACGUUAUCUUCCCCCAUUUGGUGGUUUCAAACGAUCCCGCAUAUUUCCCAGAACCCAAGCGCUUUUUGCCAGAGCGCUGGCUAAAACAGUCAGCGGCAGAUGCAGCUGGUUGCCCCCAUGCCAACCAGAAAAUUCACCCGUUUGUGAGUUUGCCCUUUGGCUUUGGGCGUCGCAUGUGCGUGGGUCGUCGCUUUGCCGAAAUCGAGUUGCACACACUGCUGGCAAAGAUCUUCCGCAAAUACAAGGUCUCGUACAACUCCGGUGAGUUUGUGUACCGAGUGAACUCCACGUACAUUCCGCAGUCUCCUCUGAACUUUAAACUAACGACGAGGGACGAGUAGUGAGCAGUGAGCAGUGAGCAAAGGGAACUGGAGGCCCUGGGAGCUCCUCUGCAACGAGCUGAGCCUCAAAGCUGCAGUGACACACGGCGGAUGUGUGAUAUUUAUAGUCAAAAGCCCAGCUGCUUCUGCUGCUGCUGCGAUGUUUCUUUUUAAUUAAGCAAAUGUACACAACACACACACAUAAAUAUAACCAACAAAUUCAGCACAUCCCGUGUGUGCGUGUGUAACUAAAUAAUCGUUGUGUACUUAUGUUGAUACAUGUGUAUAUAGAACCCAUUAUGUUCGCCCAUAUUUAGUUGUAGUUUUUCCCAAGAAUAAUUGUACCCAAUAAAGCGUCGAAAAGUAUGCAAUAAAAA